AUGAACUCCGCAAUACUCAGUGUGCUGCUCAUAUCUCUCAGUGGACUCUGCUACAGUGCUGACUCUGUGGUGGAUGGUACUGAGCUUCUCCUGACCUUUCUGAUCCAUCGACAUGGUGACAGGACUCCAAUCGAAUCGACCCUAGCUCUCAGCACCCGUGCUGAGGAACUGGAGGAUGCUUCAGCUACAUACGGAUACGGCCAGCUGACUGAUGUCGGCAAACGUCGUGCUUACCAGCUGGGAGAGUUCAUCAGACGGCGCUACGACGGGCUCCUGUCUCCAAACUUCAACAAAUCAGAGAUCUUCAUCCGCUCCACUGAAUCCACUAGGGCUAAAAUGACAGUGCUGACUGCGCUGUCUGCUAUCUACGCUGCUCCCGAGGACAACUGGAGCGAAGACAUUAACUGGACCCCGGUUCCCUACACCACCGUGCCUGCUAAAUACGACUUUAACUUGGCUGUAUUAAACUGCCCGGAAUUCACAGCAGCUUCCUAUGCAUCUGGUACACCAGCAACAGUGCCUGAAUUAGAUCAGUACGCAGAUGUGUUGGCCAAGUGGUCCAGUAUAGUAGGAUACAAUAUUUCAGCUGAACCCUUAAUGCUUGCCUACUCUUUGAACGACUUGUACGUCAGCCAGAUGAGUUUAGGAAUUCCUCUUGAUGACGACAUCGCAGCUAUCUACCCUGACAUAGAGAAGAUUGCCGGUAUAGCUAUCAAAGCUAUGUACGACCCUGAAGAAGUGAGAGCUCUGUCUGGAGGUGUACUCCUGAACCAGUUCUUCACUGUAGCUGACCAGCUCAUUGCUGGAGAAGACGUGCAGAAAGUUCACAUAUACUCCGCUCAUGAUGUGAACGUGUUCGCCUUCGAGGCAGCUACCAAAGUGGUCAACACUCAAGGAGUUCCCAAAUACGCGUCAGCAUAUGCUUUGGAAUUGAGGAAAGUGGUGGAGACUGGGGAUUAUGUUGUGGUGCCGACGUACCUGCGUACUCCCAGUGAAGAUGUGAUCACGUAUCUCGAGAUCGAGGAGUGCGGCCAGAGAUGUGCGUACGAGAGCUUCCGAAGCGUCACUUCUGACAUCGUCAUGAAUGAAGAUGACUGGAGGACUGCCUGCGGCUUCUCCGAUGAUAUGGUCUUUGAUACCUCAUCAGUCGACUAA